AUGUCACGGCAUUGCUGCAAGGUCCAAAGGAACUGUGUGGCUGAAAGUGAGGGUAUGAGUGCUGCUGGAUCCAGUCCUGCUUCACAUAUUGAAGAUCUUUGCACCGUCACAAGCCAGCCAUUCAACGACGACAACAGCGUGAUAUCUAACGACACCCAACUAUUAUAUCCUUCCACGGAGGAUACGAUUCUAUUCCCUGCUGCCUCUCACAACGACAAAGCCAUCAUUCCAGACUAUACUCUGCCGCAUUUGACACUAUUUGAUUGCGUCCAUGAAGCAGACGUUACCAUGGCAGGCUUCACAAACAACACUGACAUCGGGAGUUACCUCCAGGAUUACACCGGGGUUGAGGAUGGCUUUCCGUUCAACCCCUGCAGCUCGUCGACAAUCGACCAUCUCAGCCUGUCAUCCGGGUUGGGAACCAGCUCGUUAGUCUCGGCGGGAAUGUCUGAGUGUCAAAGCAACGACACGGGCUUGUCUUUGCCAAACUGUUCUGUGAUGACGGUUAGAUUGACGAAUCCAGCACCGGAAGCAGUCCAUGAGUUUAUCCGCAUUUUGAUGGCGCACCAGCAGCAGGUGACGAUAGAUAUCGAGAACUGA